CCCAGCACCAUGAGGGUCCCUGCAGCUGCCAUGGCUGUUCUGCUCCUUGUGGCCAUCUGCUCCCUGGCUCAGGCUGAUCUCAGAGUCUCCUGGAUUGCUUCACCUUACGAGAAUAAUGCCAGAAACACCCCCUGCUGCUACUCCUACAUUUCACGCCCCGUUGCACGCCGAGUGAUCGUCUCUGCCUACCUGACCAGGGAAAACUGCCCAAUGCCAGCUGUGGUCUUGAUCACCAGGAAGGGGACGCAGCUGUGUGCAGACCCCAGAGCUAACUGGGUGCAGAAAUACCUGGAGGACUUGAUGUUUUGGCAGUACUGACUCCUCCCUGCUGCUGCUCCAGGGCAGUGGGCUCAGCCCCCACCACGAGACUGCAAUAAGACUGCUUGAGCUGCAUCCUUCUUCAAAGGAAAAAUUUAUUACAAUUGCCAUACACUUGUUUAACUAAAUUUUGCUUGCAUAAACGCUUGGAUAAAAUGUUUGGCUUGUCAUAUC